AACUACAGGGAUAAUACCGUAUACCGUUCGGCGUUCACUUGAGCAAUACGUUAACCUCAGUCUCCGCGACGCUGGCAAUCGCUGCACGCGUUCGAAAUUCGAAUAAGAAAAAAAGUAAUUGUCAAUUUUGGCGCUAUUGUUACCCGCGCAACUACAACACAAGAUGAGAUCACUGAUCGCAAUCUGCGCAGUCGCAUUCCUCUGUGGUGCGCUGGCGAAGAACAGGCGAGAAGACAAUAAGGUGAAGAUCGCCGUGUACUACGAAUCACUCUGCCCUGAUAGUAAGCAGUUCAUCACCAGCCAACUGGCGCCAGUGUGGCGGGAGCUGCGUGGGGCUGUCAAGGUCAAACUGGUCCCCUAUGGAAAGAGUACGCACGACAAGGUGAAUGGCAAGUGGCAGUUUAUCUGUCAUCACGGAAAUGACGAGUGUUAUGGCAACAAGGUCCAAGCUUGCAUCUUGAAAGACAAGCACCUCGCAGACACAGACAAGAUGGAGCUAGUGAUCUGCCUGAUGGGGCAGGCCAACCCUGACAAGUCUCUGGACACGUGCUUGGAACAAGUGAAACGCUCGGCGGAAUCCGACAAGCUGAAGAAGUGCGCAAGCGGCGAGCAGGGCGACAUCCUGCUGGCCUCCUACGGGGACAAGUCGGACACUCUGCAACGGCCCUUGUCUUUUGUGCCCACUGUGGUUAUAAAUGAGAAAUUCGAUCAAGCUGUCCAAGAUGAAGCUAUUAAAGACUUGAAAGCAGUGGUGUGCCGUGUCGCAACCAACAAGCCAGCUUCUUGCUGAAAUAAAUAAAUAUUCGACAUAAAAUUUAACUAACCUCAAAAUAUUAUUAAAAAUCACGACUCAUUAUUUGAACAGAAAGUUUACAUCGUAAAAACUUAUAGAAAUAAAAUGUUAAUAAUAAUUAAAUUAAUCUAAUUGUCAGUCGUUUUCAUUAUCUGUGUUUUAUUUUUAUGGAAAACCAUCUUUAUAUAUUGUGACAUAUGCAGACAUUUUGACAGUGACAUUGGUUAGGGUUUCUAAUGUAGCUAAAUAUUUAUAUGAUUUUAUAGUUGUCCCUAAAUACCUUGUAUGGAUUCACGAAAAUAUUUUUAUAAAAUUUAAUUUACUACAUAACAUUGUUAUAUAAAACCACCGUAAGAAAAGGAUCAAGUGACACAAUAUUUUGUUCGCAUUUAAUUU